ACAUACAGCCACCUGAUUUGGCUUUUUUCAUCUCAAAAUUAGUGAUUCCUGAUUCUGCUUAGUUUGCUGCAAAGAAUGUGACGACAGUGAUGUAUUGGUGAUUGGUACUGCUGAGAGACGCAACGGGAAAGGGAGCCACCCUCAAGGUCAAUCACCAUACCGAUGACUGAGUACGGAGCCUCAGGAAGAUCAGGAGAUGGUAUCAAGAUGUGGGACAGUAACCGUCGCCCUUCGUUUGUUGGUAGACAACAAGGAUCAAUGGUGCGAAACCGAGGGCACGAAAACGUACGGGAGUGCAGAUUAGGCGUACGAAUACGCACGAAUACGUACGAAGUAUGUCCGACCGGAAAUAUCGCCGUCGGUAGCGGCAUGGGGAGGCGAGGUGUCAAAUGUCAAGCGCCCUGCCCCUUGACGUUGCUGUCAUCUCGCCAGUCAACGUGCUUGCUGCACAUGGUGUGGCUGCCGUGCAUCGUGCCCAGCCAACAUGAUACAUACCUGUCACCAACAUCAACGGGAGCCGAAAGACUUCGGAGGCAGGUCUCGGAAGAUGGAAGAAAGGAGGCGUCCAGUCGGAAUGUGGAGGCAGAAAAUGACUUUCUUUGUCAUCGCCAUGGGGUUCGCAUUCGUUUCUCGUCUGUGCGAUUUUGUCAUGCUACUGACUGCUGCGCCUGCAACGGUGCUGUGGUCAUGCAAAGCGAAAGCAGGUCUCAGGACGACAUCCAGACAUUGCAUGAUGGGGAAACCCUGAUCAUGCGUACGUGAUAGGGCAAGGUUGUGCUGAUCCUCCUCACGAGGUCUCACAGGAUGUCUAUCUUGCACACUCCAGACACUUUUAGUCCCGGGCAAUUAUCAUCUAUGUCCCAGCCUCCACAGCCAGACAGGCUAAAACAAGCUCGACGCAAGCGCUGGGAGUGUCAAGAUGUUACGCCGUCAGGUUUCGCCCCGAGUCAAUGCAUCCU